AUCUCACCCUGAUCUCACCCUGUAAGAGAGAAUAAAUAAGAAGAAUAAAGAGAAUAUCUGACACAUCACAUGAGCAGCUAGCAGCUUCUGUAGCUAAACUGACAGCUGUUUAUCCCCGGACUCUUCAAACCAACGGACCCCUCUACUUCCGUUGAUGCGACGUUUGACGCAGUGUUAUUUCCUGUUAAUUGAUUUUUCACCAUGAACUCAGACGCACUUCUGCUGCUAGAGACGGUUCAUUUCUCUGCAGAGAAACAUCGUAACCAGCGACGCAAAGAUGCGGAUAAAACUCCGUAUAUCAAUCAUCCAAUCGGAGUAGCAAGAAUCCUCAGCCAUGAAGGAGGCGUCACAGACAUUGAGGUUUUGCAGGCUGCUCUGCUUCAUGACACCGUGGAGGACACUGACACCACGCCUGCCGAGCUCGAGAUCAAGUUUGGGCCGACCGUGGCUCAUAUCGUCCAGGAGGUGACCGACGAGAAGAGUCUACCCAAACAGGAGAGGAAACGUCUGCAGGUGGAACACGCGGCUCAUUGCAGUCAUCAAGCCAAACUGGUCAAACUGGCUGAUAAACUGUACAACCUGAGGGACCUGAACCGCUGCACACCUGUUGGUUGGACAGCGGAGCGGGUGCAGGAGUAUUUUGAUUGGUCGUCAGAAGUGGUUAAAGGCCUGAGAGGAACGAGCUCGGUUCUGGAAGAGAAGCUGGACGAGCUGUUCAAACACAGAAGAGUCUCAACAAUCUGACUGAAAACUGAAGAUUUCACUCACAAAUAUAUUAAAACUUCAUUUGUGCUAAUGCUAAUAAAUCUUAAUUUCUUA